GGAAAGUGUAUGGAAUUUGUUUACAAAAUUGAAUACUCGAAAAUUAAUGAACAAUCAACGUUAGCAAUCAAAUAAACUAUCUUAUCCAGUGACGUAACAAGGCGAACAUCAUAGAAUUGUUGAUGUGAAAAUCUUAACUCGUGACAUUAGAUUUUUCAAUCAAGAAUUUUUAUUCAAAAGUUUUUGCAUAACCGGCUCUGACCUUCUCUACAUCGAUGGGGUCAUUUUUAUUAUCACUCACUGGAAAGAUUGGUGCCGUAACGGGUGCAAAAUAUCAACAAUUAAAUAUUAUUAAAAAUCAAAUUAGAAAUUUUAGUGGCUCGUCAAAAAUGAGAUUUGUUCAAUUUAAACGUAAAAAUGAUCCAACAAUCUUUUUGGGCGUUUCAUCUGAUGAUGGAACCGAGAUAAAAGACAUUGGUUUAAUUGGAACUUAUCCUAAUGAUUUGAAGAAGUUAAUUGAAUCAGGUGUCGAUGUAACUGAUAUUAAAUUGAAAAGUGAGUGCCUUGCAAGCAUCAAGACAUCAGAAGUUGAUCUUCUUCCACCAAUCUUGGAACCUCAAAAGAUCCUGUGCGUUGGACUCAACUACAAAGGUCACUGUGAUGAGCAGAAUAAAGAAUAUCCAAAAGAACCAAUGUUUUUCAGUAAAUUUGCUUCAACUCUUGUUGGUCCAACUGGUGACGUCAUCGCUCACAAAAUUUCUGAUAAAAUCGACUGGGAAGUUGAACUUGCUGUUAUAAUCGGCAAAAAAGCAUCGCAUGUUAAGAAAGAAAAUGCGUUUGAUUAUGUUUUCGGUUAUACUGUUGCUCAAGAUAUUUCAGCUCGUGAUUGGCAAAAGCAACGCAAUGGUGGCCAAUUUCUGAUUGGAAAAUCGAUGGAUUCGUUUUGUCCCUUAGGACCAGCAGUUGUUCAUAAGUCAGCAUUAGAUCCUCGUGAUCUCACAAUUAAAUGCAGUGUUAACAACAUUUUAAAACAAUGCGGAAAAACAAGUGAACUCAUCUUUACCAUUGAUGACAUUAUUGAACGUGUAACUCAAUCAAUCACUUUACUUCCGGGUGAUGUUAUCUUAACAGGCACACCAGCCGGUGUUGGUAUGCAUCGUAAUCCACCGGAAUUUCUACAUGCUGGUGACAUGAUUGAGAGUGAAAUUGAAGGAAUCGGAAAACUCUUUAAUCGUACGAAAAACACGUCAUCUUUAGUGCGUCAAUAUAGCAAUCGGAACGUGCCGCCACUUCAACAAGCAGGAUUUGGUAAAUUUCUUCUGAUUAUUUCGCCUUUUGCUAUCGGUGGUGGUGUCAUCACUUAUGCGAAAUAUGACAAGGAUUUCCGUAAACUGCUUGAGAAAAAUGUGCCAGGUAUAGAGCCAGUAUUAGAAGUUUUCAUUGAUGAUGCAAAUCCAUUUGCGGACAUCCAAAAAAAACUUGGCGAGUAUCAGCAAAAGAUUAGUGACACAUCGUCAUCCAUCACGUCAUCAGUGACCGGAUUAUUUGGCGGCAGUUCCAAGGAAGAUCAAACAAAAAAACCUGAGCCGGCAAAAUUUCCACCAGUGACAAAAGGACCAAUAAUUCCUUCAGAACAAAAGUCAGUUGUAUCAGCAGUUCCACCGCCUCCCAUUUCUAAACCAGAACCAAAAGCACCUUCGAAAUCUUCACAAACUCCUGUUUCAGCUACAGUUUCGACUCCUCCUCCACCUCCUAUUAAAGUUGAAAAGACUGAAAUACCGAAGAAUCUUGUGGACCUGGAAAAAGCAGUUGAAUCAGCUGCAUCUCAAGCAAUUAAAGAGUACAACAAAGCUGUGCUUAUUUUGAAGGGCUACAAUGAAGAUGUUAAGAAGAUUGUUGAUUCGGCAGUUGAGAAUAUUGAUAUAAAUGCAUGGACGACUCUUAAAAACAAGACACUGACUCGUGAUGCAGCAGUUGAAAAAGCUGAACAAGCAGCAUUAGCAGCACGUAAAAAGCUCAAUGAUUAUGAACAACAAAUUGAGAAAAAUGUUGCAGGAGUUGCUGGCGAAGUGAAAACAGCUCUAAAGCAAAGCAUUUCAAGCUUCAACGAACAUCUCAAUGCAGCGAAAGUUGAAGUUUUAAAAGCUAAAGAGCUUGCUGGUACAUCAGAAAACUACUGGAAAAAAGUUGAGUCGUCAAGAAAUUAUUUCGUAAGAGAAAUUGAAUCGCUUUUUGGAGUCAAUUUGAACGAGAAGAAGCUUAAUUUGUCGAAAGAAGAAGUCGACUUAUUCCUUGUCAAUGCCUAUUCACAUGUCAUGGCUUAUCAAAAAGAAUUGCAAAAGCUUCAAACUGAAGGCGAAUUAAGAUUGAAAAGGGCACUUGAUGCUGUUAAAGGAUCAGAUCAGACAGAAGCUGUUAAGGCUCAGCUUGAAUAUGAAUUAGAAAAGGAAAGAAGAAACUUAAAUAUUCAGAAUCAAGCGAAAAUCAUGCGAAUUAAAGCAGAAACAGAGAAAAAUCUUCGGGAUCAGUUGAAGAAACAAAUUGAAGCACAUACUGAUCAUUUAAAUGAUGCAUUGUCAAAUAAAGAAGCUGAAAUGAAACGUAUUUUUGCUCGUGAAGUUGAUGAGAAAGUUGCAACUGAAAGAGCAUCGUACAACACUCAGCUUGCUGUUAUGCUAGGCAAAAUGAAAGGAAUGGAUUCAGCUUUGAAAGAACGUGCAGAUUUGGAGAAAAGCGCACUUCAAGCACAAUCCCUUUGGGCUGCAUGCCAAACACUCUGGUCAAGUGUUCGUGAGGGUCAGCCAGGAAAGUCGUGGCGUCAAGAACUUCGUCCAUUAAAGAACGAAAUAAAAGCUGUUGGAUCUGCCGGUGAAGGUGAUGAAUUUGUAGCAGUAGUUAUAAACACACUUCCAGAAACUGCUAAGGAUCGUGGAGUUUUUCCUGAAGAAGCUUUACGAGAAAGAUUCGCAAAUGUCGAUAAAGUAGCUCGCCGUUUAGCAUUAGUACCAGCUGAAGGGGCUUCGCUUAUUGUUUACUUCUUAUCAUUCAUCCAAGGUGCUUUGAUUGCUCGACCAUCUGAAGCCAUUUCGCAGGAUGAGCUUAACAAUAAAGAAUUUGAUUUCGGAAAAUUAGACACUUACGAAAUUCUUAAUCGGGCAAGAUAUUGGAUGGAGCGAGGAAAUUUGGUGCAAACACUCAAAUACAUGAACCUUCUACAAGGAGCUUCAAGGAAAGUGUCUAGCGAAUGGAUAAAUGAAGCUCGUCUUCUACUCGAGACACAACAAGCAGUUAAUGUUCUCCUUAGUCAUGCUAGUGGAAAUGGACAGAGAUAUUUAUAAACUAAAGAAGAAAGAAGAAAAAUGUUUCCCCUUUGGGCUUAAUUAAAAGAUUUCAUUGACCUCACUUUUCCGACUUCUUAAUUUGUUGAGUAAUUAAGUUACUUUAGGAUUUAUCUUUGGUCGAAGCUUGUGAAGCUUCCAACGGUUGAAUUAAAUAUAUUGAGGGAUUUUGGUCUCUUGCGGUUCAAGCGUGUAAGAAAUUUUCAUUCUUCUCUUCAUCUUCUAUUCUUCGUUCGGCAACAAAAUGAAAAUCGGUACAGAAGC